UGUUUUCGUUUCACUUGUAAGUUUAGAGAAAGCAUGCGAAAAGAGGGUAGACCACAGUUCAAGACUUCAAGAUUAAAAAGAAAAUGAUUUGAGAACUAAGCCGGCCAUCAUAGCCACAAGAUGUUUGCAGUUGUUGCUUGUGCUAAUAUUGACCUGUCAUUUUACGGCUAGUGACUAUUCACAACCUAUAACCUUCACUUUGGAUAAACAGCAUCCCGUUGGAUUGGAGGAGGAACUGCCGAUGUCGAUCGAGUUCUUCUCCUUUCUUUAAAUGUCCUCGUGUACGCCCAUGUGAGUGUGGGUGUAUUCACGAGGACCUCCAUUUUCCUAUCCUGAUGCCUGUGGUGGAUCCUCAACUUUUCAGCGGAUGGAGUACCUGCGGAUGCCGUAUUUCCCUGACUUAAAGAUUGAUCGCCAAUUAUUCCGCAACCAUCACGAAGUGCGUCCCGCCAAAAAAUCCAGCCGAUUCAAUUUCGUGCCCAACAACUCGUGUCGUUGGGCAUUGGGCGACAAAUGUCAAAGGAAAUGACACACAACAAUAAAAGCCGAGCACAAGUUUUGUUUCGAGGCUAUCAGAGUAACACGAGACACGACAGGCCAGGCCAGGAUCACGUGCAGCAAGUGAAACUACAAAAAGGGGCGCGGGCAAGCCAGAAAGAAACGGUGAAGUGGAUAUAGCAUUGAAAUGGAGACUAGAAGAAAAAACAAACCAAAACUUGAUUUAGUAUGUUGUAUAAAACAAGCCGGCCAACGCCAACUGUGCACCACCUCAAGGGGAAAUUGACGAACGUAAAAAGAGACCGGAACGUUCGAGUGUUGGCCCAGUGUCUCGCCGACUUUUCACUGGUUCGAACGCAGCAGAACGCCCGUUCCAUCCGCGGAAAAUAUUAUCAAAACAAGGACACGCCCAGCUGUUGUUCCCCUUUUUGGACUGGGCCGAUCGGGCCACCGGUGAUCGUUUCAAGUGAUCGGUGCGUCGUUUACUUGUUAAAAAAGUGUUGAAUUGAUAAUCACCGACCGAUCAAAUAUGGAUGAGGAAUUAAUACCGACGUCGGCAGCCAUGCCCAGCAUCACUGUGGUGCCCUCGUCCAGUUUGAGUUUCCCGACGUCGUCGCCGCCACCGACGCCCAUCAGCCCGGCGUUGAUUUAUCCGAAUUUGCAGCAGGAAAUGAUGGCCGAGGAUCGGACGCCGUCUGCUGGAGUGACAAUGAGGCAGCAGGAGAAUAACGCCGAAGAAGUGACAGGCGGUCAGCUGAUGCCCAGCAAUUCAAGUGCCGGCCAGGCCAACAGCAGUUACCUGGGCAGCGGGACUAGCGUCAAUUACAGCGGCGGCAACGUGACGUUCCAGCACUCGUCUCCGCACCGGUCGAAAGCCAACCGGAAAAAAUCAAGAAAAUUGACGCUGACCCAAGUCUGUUCGGACGAGGCGGCCAUGAAACAGCCGAAACAGCAGCAGUCACCGGAAUCGCAUAACAAUCCGCAUCAGAAAGUGACGAUGGAUGCCGAUCGCAUAUCCAACAGUUCCAGUUUGAUCGGCUUCGAGUCGGACAAUUCGGCCACGACGGCCUCGACCUUGUCGUCGUCGUCGUCGCUCAAAUCCGGGCCGGAGCGUAAAAUCAACCGCAUCUUUUCAAUGUUGCAAUCCAUGCAGCAGACAUUCAUGCAGCAGAAUCAGCCGCCGCAACAACCACCCCAACAACCGCCUCCGCCGCAACAACAACCGCCGCCGCACCACCACCACCAAGGGAAACUACCCAAACCACAACAACAACAACAGGCUGAGCACAUUUACGAGCAACCGCACAACAAUCGAUUCUCCGACAACCAGCAUUCCGGCUCGGAUACGAUCCAAUCGCAAGACCGCCGAGGCCGUCAGAUGCAGCUGGAAUUGCAACAACAACAACAACAACAAUCGUCGGCUCCGUCGCGCCAAUUGUUGUACGGGCUGGGCAGGAGCCAGGACUCGCUCAUGUCCACCCGAAUGUCCAGCAAGAAUUUGAUGGUCAUCAUCAACAGCGGCCACCACAACAACCCGUCCGGUCACAGCAACAAAGGUCCGAUUUACGCCAGCUGGAAUGGAUCGCAAUACUCUGCCAACACUUACACGACGAUGACGAGCGACGGAGCCGGCCAACCUCCGCCCAUGACACACGCCAUGCCCUACCACAAGGACGGAAUGACGUCGCUGUUUAUCGUGGGGAGUUCGACCUACGCCCAGUUGCUGAUCGUCAUGUGUAUUGUUGCUGCCCUGUCUGAAGUCGUCACUCACAACGUUUCGUUCCUUUACUUCGAGAUUUUCUUCGCCUUCCUGUACACGGUGUCCAUCAUCUUCUUCCUGUACGUCUUCGGCUAUUUGCUGCGCUCCAAGCGGCGAAGGGAGGAGCGCAAGCGGCUCAGGAAGUUGAGCCGAUGGCGGGAGUCGAACAUGGCCAAUCCGACCAACACGACGACGGCCGACGACGAGACCAGCGACUACGACAGCGUCCAGGUCGACAACAACAGGGGCGUGGCCGCCAUAUCCGGUCCGGCCAUGUCCGUCGAGAACGAAAUCGUCACCGCCCCCUCGCACCUGCGCCGGUUCUUCAACAAUUUCAGCGGCGAGCGCAGGAGGUUCAGCCGGUCCGAUCCAGCCGAGGCGGAAGACAAGGGCGUCAGCCAGAAUCCGCUUCCGGCUUCGCGCAAAACCUCCGGCACAAAACAGUGGAGCCAGAAUUUCGGGCUGGGCGGCGGAGAGUCCGGGCCGGGCGAAAUCGUGUCGUACUGCACUAUGACCAACAGCAGCGACAUCACCACCCACAACGCGGCCGUCAACGGCCGGGGCAAAGCCAAAAAGACCAAAGUCUCGGACAACGAGCACAGCCACGGCAGUUUGUUCCUCCGGGCCGGCGCCGUGGCUUUCGGCCUGGGCACCAUGAUCUACGACGGCCUGGAAUUUGGCGCAUUCCUGGAAGUGCCGCCGGACUCGCCGUGUUUCGCUCUGCUCCGGGGAGUCAAUCCGCUUUUGCACGCCGUUUUCGUCUUUCUCCAAAUGUAUUUCAUCUUCGUCUCCUCCAGGUUGAACAUUCACAAAUUCAAAGUGAUUGCCCGGUUCGGGUUGAUGCACUGCGUGGCCACCAACGUUUGCGUUUGGAUCCGCACUCUGGUCAGGGAGUCGCUCAAGGAAAUCAACGGACAUUACCAUCACUACGACAAGUCGGCCAAGGCCGCCAGCUACCAGUCUCAGUUCACCAGUCAACCGGUGACGGAUGGAUACGAUCCGGCAUCCAACGCUCUGCUCCACCAUUUGGUGGAAGCUGUGGCCGCCGUGGCCGGAAGCGAAGAAAGUUUCGAAGGUGGAACUUCCGUCUUUUUCGACAUUGUGAAUGAAACAUUUGCGGAUGCGCUGGCCGGUGCCACGACCCCCGCACCGAUGGGCGGAGGCAAAAGCAAAAAGGAAAUCAGUUUGUGGGAAUUGACGGGCAACGUGUCGUGUGGCCGUCGCAUCUUCCUGGGCAACAUCAUCAUGGACGCCGCCCCUUUUCUCUACCCGUUCCUCAUUGAAUAUUCGCUGAUUGGCGCCGCCGUCCUUUACGUCAUUUGGGAGCACAUUGGACUCAAUCCAAAGUACAAGACGGAGGACAACAACCGCGGGAUGAAAGACGAAUCGAUUUGGAACAGCCGAACUCGCCAGUUGCGGGUCGAUUGCGUCGGGGCCUCCAAGGGACUUUUCAUGGGCCUCUUUUUCCUGACGGCCUCGCUCCUCUGCCUCGUCCUCUUCUUCAUCUUUGUGCCCAUGCCGCAAUUCAAACGGCUGGGCCUCAUUCUGGGUGAUGCCGCUCAUUGCACUUUGCUUAUCGUUUCCAUCAUCGCCAUGGCCAUCGGCGCUUACAGGGCCCGGCACCUUCACUUUCAUUCAGAGCACAUGGAGGAGCUGGGCAGCAUUUUACUUCGAAUCUCCGCCCUGGGCAUUUUCGGCUACUCGGCAUUUUCGAUGAUUGCCGGAGCGCUGGGCAGUUCGGACGAAGAACCGCCCACUUUGGUCUUCAUCAACGGCCUCUUGUCCGUCAUCGAAGUGACGGUGCAGACGAUUUUCAUCUCGGACAUGUCCCGACGGAGCGUCAACACAGCCGAGCAGGACCUGGAGAAGCCGGGCAGACAGUCCGUCACUUUCCUACUCAUCACCAACAUGACCCUGUGGCUGGUCUACACUUUUGAAAUGCAGAAAGUCGAAGCCAAUCCCGUCCAGCUCAACUUUUACGGCUUCCUGCCGUGGUCCAUCGUCCAGCGCAUCUCGUUGCCCCUGUGCAUCUUUUACCGGUUCCAUUCGGCCAUGGUCUACGCUGAAAUCUGGAAGAAUUCCUUCAGAUACCACGGGCCGCCCAUGGAGGAAACCAUAGCCGUCGGUGGUUCUGCAGUUCAUUGAGAAAAACAGCUCCUGUAUAGGUCUGAAAUGAGGAUGUUAUAUUUAUUCCGAAUUCCGUAAGUAAGUUGAUGUUGAAUCUUCCAUCCAUCGAAUCCUAACUUUUUCUUCCUGGAAGACAAUUUCGCAUUGUUCUUGGGUGUUGUUCCCAUAUCACUAUUAGUUUUAAUCCCGUAAUGUAGGCAAUUGAAUUAGAGUUUAUCUAUUUUCUAUAUAAUCGAAUAACCAAAUGUAUAAAUAAUUGUACAUUGUAUAUUUAAUUCGUAAGGACUGAGAUAUUUGUGUCUUUCAAGGAGGUUACAAGAAUUUAGCGCAUCGAUGCAAUUUGGAAAUGGCUUGCAAUCGUCUUUGAUAUCACGUUCAUCUAUCCAAUCCUUUUUAUCAUGUACAUUUAGGUGAACAUUCGCCCAUCCCUCCCCUAUACCCCUAUUAGAUUUUUAUUCAUUUUCUUAUCGAGUCUAAUUAGAAAAUGUUGAUCCGAAUUCAUUUGAAACAUGUUUCCUAGACAUGUACUGGACGUUAUUUAACCAGUUGACAAUUGGACGCCUCGCCAAGUUUGACACGACCAUUGUAGAAUCAAGUUGAACUUAUAACAGAAUGCAUCAAAGAUUUGAAAGCCGAGUUCAAACCGGAAAACAACUAAAAAUUGGAACCACGUAGUCAUGUAGCAAUUUUUACUCUUAUAUAAUAUUGGUGCGACCCAAUUGCAUUCGUUGGCGUAAUAUCAAAGACGAGAGCAACAAUUUCGGCCAAUUUGAUUAUUUCCUUUUUUUUUAAAUAAAAUUUUGAAAUGAUGACGUCAUCCAUACGGACAAUACACGGUCACGACAGCAAAAAUGCAA